GGUGAAAGUCAAGUGUAGCGCCGAGAAAAAAAAUGUUAGUCGAAAGGUUGAGGUCACUCCGACAUCUGUGUCAGUUCGUGGUCACUGGCGGUCAAGUGGAUGAGGUGAGCGUCAGAGAGACUGGAACGAGCCUUUGACAGUGGCCUGGGUGCUCCCUGCGGGCCAAUCACAUGUAAUUAGCUAAUGUGUGGAGGAUACUUCAAGUGGCCAGUGCUUGUGUUUCCUGGGGUUAAAUAGGAGCUAUUCCUCUUUCAACAGGUGCUCAUGUACAACGACGGGAGAAGAUAUCGUGAUUUUAUAUGGCUAGAGGAGAAGCGGAUAUCGCCGGUGAAAGUCCCAGCAAUGACUUGCUUCCUCAACUGCAUUGCGACAGCGGGUCGAAAGUGUCAAUUAUACCAAGCAAUCAUAGGCAUAGUCAGCCGUUAUGGCUUCGCGAUAAGCCGCGAUAAAGUGGUUGGCUUUUGAAGCUGCCCCGCCAAACGACGUCACCGGUUUUGGGCUGUCAGAAUCCGGGCAAUGUCGUCACUUGACGGGCACUUUGCGAUGUGAAUGUUGAACGCUACUGGCUGAAUUGGAGGAUGGGAUCCAGAAAGGUCGAACGGGAGAACCGGAUAAAGCAUCAUAAAUUUCAAACUGAGAGUAUCGCCAGGCAUCUUGUAGCAGGUUUGAGCCAUCUUGUAACCCUUCAUCCGAUCCCGACCUUUGCCGGCCAGCUCGGACUUUGUGUAACUGAGCCUUGCCUUCCUUGUUAUUGACAGGCACGUUAUUAUCCUACCGUCUGAUCCUUCCCGGAUUCCGUCUCAUCUUCUUAACUCCGGAUUGCUGCAUCUAAAUAUUCCCUCAAUUGAGAGCUUCUACUCGAUAGCGAUUUCGACCGUGUUGAUCGAUCAGAUUUGAUCCUCGUUUACAUUUUCUUUCCUAGAAUCUAUUGCAAUCUAAUUAUCGCAAUCGGAACCCUCAAGAUGGCGCCCCUAUUCCCUGCGUUCGAUACGCUCCAAAAGACCUUUGGUAGCGGUCCGACACCAAGCCCAACCAACUCACGAACUCCCCUCGAAGCUCGCCUCGAUUUGUAUCCUGCCUACUCCAUUGCCGAUGAUGCGAAGAGCAAGGCGAAAAAGCUCAGCGAGGAAGCCAGCCGAGAAUUCAAUGCCGCCAGCAAGAAGGCUCAGUCUAAAACCGGCAGUAUCGAGCUCUACUCUGGGAAAUACUACGCUGCCUGCACAUUCGGCGGCUUGCUGGCUUGUGGUCUCACCCAUACUGCAGUCACUCCCUUGGACCUUGUCAAGACUCGGCGCCAGAUUGACUCCAAGCUCUAUUCAGGAAAUUUCCAGGCCUGGAGACAUAUCCUCCGAACCGACGGCUUCCGGGGCAUCUUUGUCGGUUGGAGUCCAACCCUCGUCGGUUAUUCGGCUCAGGGUGCGUUCAAGUACGGCUGGUAUGAAUACUUCAAGAAGACCUACGCCGACAUUGCUGGCCCUGAGGCGGCUCACAAGUACAAGACUGCGUUGUACCUGUCUGCCUCGGCUUCGGCCGAGUUUCUGGCCGAUAUCGCGCUCUGCCCCUUUGAGGCCAUCAAGGUUCGGAUGCAGGGUACUAUCCCGUCCCAGUAUUCGGGUACACUCAACGGCCUGAGCACCAUCACAGCUGCUGAAGGCGUCGGUGGCCUGUACAAGGGUCUCUACCCGUUGUGGGGAAGACAAAUCCCCUAUACCAUGAUGAAGUUCGCUUCCUUUGAGACCAUUGUCGAAAUGAUCUACGCUCGCCUCCCUGGCCAGAAGAGUGAUUACAGCAAGGGCGCGCAGACGGGAGUGGCCUUUGCUGGUGGUUACCUGGCAGGUAUUCUUUGCGCCAUCGUGUCUCAUCCUGCCGACGUCAUGGUCAGCAAGCUGAAUGCCUACCGCAAGGCCGGUGAGGGAUUCGGUGCUGUGACAUCAAGAAUUUACAAGGACAUCGGCUUCAAGGGGCUUUGGAACGGUCUGCCAGUCAGAAUCGUCAUGAUUGGUACCCUCACUGGUUUGCAGUGGAUGAUUUAUGACUCUUUCAAAAUCUUCAUGGGCUUGCCGACGACGGGUGGUGCUGCGCCCCCCGAGGACGACCAGCACUCUUGAAUGAUGGCAUUAUGAGAAGAUGACGGUAGUAUAGUUAAGCGGGUUGGGUGUUUUCAACGCAAGGAGUCGACGUAGCAGGCCUGUUCCUUGUUGCUUUCCGUGUAUUCGUUUUUAGUUCGGUGUUUUAUCGAAAAGGGAUUGGUUGCUGUUAGUCGGUUUCAUUCUGCUCUUAUGUGGUAACCAGUCGGUGUUAAUGUCGCAUUUCAUCAAAAACAUGACGAGAGCCAGUGACGGAUUAUGCCGAAAUAUAUGUUCAGAAGUGAGGCUGAGUAGUGGAG